GACUGUUGCUCAUCAGUUUUGGUUUGGCAGAUGACAUCUGCAAUAUCUAUAGAGGAUGUGAGAAGAGAAGUGAAAAUACUGCGGGCGUUAUCUGGACAUCAAAAUUUGGUACAAUUCUACGAUGCGUUCGAGGACAAUGCCAACGUUUACAUCGUUAUGGAAUUAUGUGGAGGUGGUGAACUCCUUGACAGGAUACUAGCAAGGGGAGGAAAAUACUCUGAAGAUGAUGCAAAAGCAGUGCUUAUACAGAUCCUUAACGUUGUAGCUUUCUGUCAUCUCCAAGGAGUUGUUCAUCGAGAUCUAAAACCAGAGAACUUCUUGUACACUUCCAAGGAGGAGAAUUCUCUGUUGAAAGUCAUAGAUUUUGGCUUAUCGGAUUUUGUCAGACCAGACGAAAGAUUAAAUGACAUAGUGGGAAGUGCAUAUUACGUAGCCCCUGAAGUUCUACACAGAUCUUAUACCACAGAAGCGGAUGUAUGGAGCAUAGGAGUAAUAGCAUACGUUCUCCUAUGUGGAAGCCGUCCUUUUUGGGCAAGAACUGAAUCAGGAAUUUUCAGAGCAGUUCUAAAAGCUGAUCCGAGUUUUGAUGAACCUCCUUGGCCUUCGUUAUCCUUUGAGGCAAAAGAUUUUGUUAAGAGAUUAUUGUACAAGGACCCUCGGAAAAGAAUGACAGCCUCUCAAGCUUUGAUGCAUCCUUGGAUCGCGGGUUAUAAGAAAAUAGAUAUCCCAUUUGAUAUUCUAAUCUUCAAGCAGAUCAAAGCAUACUUGAGAUCUUCGUCUUUGCGCAAAGCUGCUUUGAUGGCUCUGUCCAAGACAUUAAUUACCAAUGAACUUCUUUAUCUGAAAGCGCAGUUUGCACUCUUAGCACCCAACAAAAAUGGCCUCAUCACUUUAGAUAGCAUCAGACUGGCACUUGCUACAAAUGCAACAGAAGCAAUGAAGGAAUCACGGAUCCCGGACUUUCUUGCGUUGUUAAAUGGACUCCAAUACAAAGGGAUGGAUUUUGAAGAGUUUUGUGCAGCUUCCAUUAGCGUUCAUCAGCAUGAGUCUCUUGAUUGUUGGGAGCAGAGCAUUCGUCAUGCUUAUGAACUAUUCGAAAUGAAUGGAAACCGAGUUAUCGUCAUUGAAGAGCUCGCUUCUGAACUUGGUGUUGGAUCAUCUAUCCCGGUCCAUACCAUUCUACAUGACUGGAUAAGACACACAGAUGGGAAGCUGAGUUUCUUGGGUUUUGUCAAACUGUUGCACGGUGUCUCUACUAGACAACCAUUAGCGAAAACACGAUGAAGAAAGUUACUCAGGUGUUACAACUGAUUUGAAAGGGGAAGAACAUACAACUGCAAAUGGAUGGAUGUCAAGAACUUUAUUGAUUCUUGGAGUGGGAUUGGGUAUUGGAAUUGUUUUCAGGACCCAUUCCUAUGUUUAUAGUUUUAGAAAAAGAAUGCUAAGUUCCGACAAAGAAAGAGUAUCCAGAAAAAACGGACAGGCCUGGAGAGUUGUAUAAUAAGAUGAUAAUCCAUAGUGAUGAUGUUCUUCCAAAUUAUGGAAAGACAGAUAUUAAGAACAUCCCUUUAGCUUUUCAA